AUGCAGCAAUUCUUUCUUUCGCUGCUAGCCUCUGCGCUGGUUGCGCGUACUUCUGUCGCCGCUCCCUCCAACUGGGACACAGCCUACACACAAGCAAAAGCCGCCCUCGAGAAGCUCAGCCGGUCGGAGAAAGUUGGAAUCGUGACCGGUGUGACCUGGGAGGGCGGUCCCUGUGUCGGCAACACCCACGCCCCCAACUCAAUCGACUACCCUUCACUGUGUCUCCAAGAUGGACCUCUGGGGAUUCGGUUCGCUAAUCCGGUGACCGCAUUCCCCGCGGGCAUCAAUGCAGGAGCGACGUGGGAUCGCAGCCUGAUGCACGCGCGUGGGGUUGCAAUGGGAGCGGAGUCCAAGGGCUUGGGGAUUCACGUGCAGCUGGGCCCGGCCACUGGACCGCUGGGGAAGAACCCCGACGGAGGCAGAAACUGGGAGGGAUUCUCGGUCGACCCUUACCUCACCGGUGUGGGGAUGAAAGAAACCAUCCUGGGCAUGCAGGAAUCCGGAGUCCAGGCCUGUGCCAAGCAUUGGCUGGGUAAUGAGCAGGAACAUUAUCGUGAGACUAUUAGCUCGAAUAUGCCCGACCGGGCCACGCAUGAGCUGUAUGCGUGGCCGUUCAUGGAUGCGAUCAAGGCUAAUGUGGCCUCCGUAAUGUGCUCUUACAACAAGGUGAAUGGAAGCUGGGGCUGCGAGAGUGAUGCUAUUCUGAAUAAGCUCUUGAAGGAGGAGUUAGGAUUUCCUGGGCAUGUUCUGAGCGAUUGGAAUGCCCAGCACACUACUAUUAAUAGUGCUGUUUCUGGGCUCGACAUGACCAUGCCGGGAAGUGACUUCAACACGCCGCGGGGCAACCUGUUCUGGGGAAAGAAUCUCGAGGCUGCAGUUGCCAAUGGAAGCGUCCCUGAAUCCCGCCUCAAUGAUAUGGUCACUCGGAUUCUGGCCGGAUGGUAUCUUGUCGGCCAGGAUCAGGGAUACCCGGAGGUAGCCUUCAGUUCGUGGGAUGGUGGCAAGGCGAACGUCGACGUGACGGCCGAUCAUGGCUCGAUCGCACGUACUGUCGCUCGUGAUUCAAUUGUUUUGCUGAAGAAUGACGAGCAGGCACUGCCGUUGCAAGCACCUGGUAGCUUGGCCAUCAUCGGUCAGGAUGCGAUUGUGAACCCCGAUGGUGCUAAUGCCUGCAGUGACCGUGGCUGCAACAAGGGCACGUUGGCCAUGGGAUGGGGAAGUGGAACUUCUGAGUUUCCGUAUCUCAUCGCUCCUCUGGAUGCGAUUAAGGAACAAGCAGCUAAGGAUGGCACGACGAUUGUUCCGAGCACCACCGAUGAAGCCGCUGCCGCAGCCUCUGCCGCAGCUCAAGCAGACGCAGCAAUUGUGUUCAUCAACUCCGACGCAGGCGAGGGAUACAUCACCGUGGAAGGACAUGCAGGCGAUCGAAACCACCUCAACCCGUGGCACAAUGGCAAUGAGCUGGUCAAGGCUGCAGCGGAGGCCAGCGACAACGUGAUAGUUGUCGUCCACAGCGUCGGGCCAAUUCUCCUCGAGUCGAUACUAGCGCAUUCAUCUGUCAAAGCCAUUGUAUGGGCUGGUCUGCCCGGCCAGGAAAGCGGAAACGCCCUGGUCGACGUUCUGUACGGAGACACUUCACCAAGCGGAAAACUACCAUACACUAUCGCCAAGGAAUUCAACGACUACGGUGCUCGUUGGGUUGAUGGCCUGAACGACGACUUCACCGAGGACAUCUUCAUUGACUACCGUCAUUUCGACCAGAACGGAAUCGAGCCACGCUACGAGUUCGGCUUCGGUCUGUCUUACACAACAUUCGAAUACGCCGAUUUGGCCGUGAGCGUCUUCACCACUUCAGGCCCCGCGAUAGGACAUGUCGUUCCCGGUGGUCCAGCGGAUCUGUUUGAAUCCGUUGGUACUGCUUCUGUCAUUGUGACUAACAACGGCACUACUGACGGCGCCGAGGUGGCUCAGCUAUACCUUGGCUUGCCAGAAUCGGCACCGACCACCCCGCCUAAGCAGCUUAGAGGAUUCGACAAAGUCGAUCUUGGCGCGGGUCAAUCGGCACAGGCUACCUUUGAGCUCACCAGACGAGACCUCAGCUACUGGGAUGUUGCUUCACAGAAGUGGGUCGUCCCGAGUGGAGAGUUCAAGGUGUAUGUGGGUAGCUCGAGUCGGGAUAUUCGAGAGCAGAGUAGUUUUACCGUUGCUUAG